AUGGCUUCAUUACAGGCAAAGGUCGACGCCGUCAAGGCAGCUGUUUCAUCAACAUCAAGCUGCACGCCCGCCACCGUCGUGACGCUCAAAGAUCUUUUACUCCCAGACCCCGAAUCGCAACCGUCGAGGCCAAAGUCACGAUCUACAAAGACAGGAGCCACAGCGAGAACAAAAGGCGGCAUUGGCUCAGAUGACGAGGCUCUGGGUGCACGGGAUAGAGCUGCGUUGGCCACGCACAUCAUCAAUGUUACCCUCAAGACGCUGUCGGAGGCUGCGAAGCCUCUGCCUUCCUCUACACAGUCGAAACAAAACGGCGAUCUUCGAGAAGCGGCGGGGAGGCAGUCAUCACGAAGAUCCUCAUCCUCACCGCUGUCUCCCGCACAGCCCAGAUCGCUCAAUCGACUCGUCACGUCCACCAGCGUCGAAGCGAACCAGACGAAAUCACAAGCGCCCGCCCAGUCGACCGGAUGCCUUGCUACAGUAGAGUGCGCGCGCAUUGCCUUCUCCGCACUUCGAGCCAUCAAAGGACCAACGAAACCGGACGAGACCGACUUUCAGCUAGAGACGGGCAUGUCAGCGCUGACAGGGAAGCUUCUAGCUUUAGGGAUGCACGAUCAAGCUUUAAAAGAGCUGAGAGUGUUGAAGCGAAGGUUGGACAGCAUAAUCUCUGGAAUACAGUCAAGCAGCGCCAAGUCUGGAUCCGAAGGCACCACGACCACCACAUCAGCAAUCGCCGACUUGUUAAAUUUCCAGGGUUCCAUCACGAAGCAAUGCCUUGCCACCGUCACAGGCUACCAGAUGCAAGUUCUAAAACUAAUUGCGGCGACAAAGAAGCCUUCUCACAUAGAAGUUAUCCUACCUUAUCUCGCCGAUUCAUAUGCCUCGUCUCCAUUCAAUCUCUUGACCGCUCUCGCCAAGGAUGGGGCAAAGGAGGCCGCAAAGGCAGCGCGCCAAAUGGCAUCCUUAUCCCAAGUUCUCCUUUCGCUUGCGCCGAGCAUCUCCAGUCAGGAAGAUGCAGUGGCUACCGAGCCUCGACUCAGCCCAUCCCCGGAUACCGCAUUCGAAUUACAAUCUUUAGCUUUCCGAAUCCAACUCAAGUGGUGGAAAUUGGCUGGUCACAAGGGAAAUAUUGACAACGAUGUGGUCUCCCCUUUCUCUCGCUGUCUACGAGCUUACACCCGUCGCCAAAAACUAGAUAAAGGCUCCGUCUACCAAACAGUCUCCGAGUCAUACGAAACCAUAAUGCAGCUUAUCUAUACCCAAAAAUAUCGUCCAGCAACAUCAUUUGAUUCUCCUCUAGCAUCGAUACACCAGAUUUUAGGAUCCGCAGCUCAGGCUGAGCGCCGAUAUACCGAAGCACACCGCUGGUUCCAAGAAUUGAAGAGCUCACUCACACCAGGGCAGGAGUCUUCUGUUCUCAGAUGCUCUGUUUCAGCGCGCCUUCUUGCUGUAGCCCUAAAGAAGGCCGAUUUUGACCAUACUAUUGAGCCUUUGCUCUGCGAAGUCAUCGAGGGCUUAGAUGGUAGCCUCAGUGGAACAAUUGCAGAGCUAAAUGAGCUUCUCGAGAGCCUGUCGCUUGCAAGGCGCUCCGUCGUUGGCCUCCUAAUGACAUGUCUGGGGCCGAAUGCAGCAGAAAGCACCGUUCCCAGAGACCUGGUAAACCAGCUCAAAACAUUCGUUCUCAAGUAUCCACGAUUUGUGCGGCGAUGGACGGGACUGCCGCCGAGCAAAGACGCAUCGCCCAAGCAAGUUCUUCAGUUUGAUCAGAGACGGCAGCUGGUUGCACAGUCCAUUGGCCAGACCCUCGACGCUACCCUGAUGGUCAUCAAAUGCGACAUUCAGUCGGAUGCGAGCGGAUAUCAGGCUGCCGAUGAUGUCCUUCAACAUUGUGUCUCACUUCUCGAAUGCAUGACUGCUUCAACUUUAUCCACCACCAAGAUAGACAACCUUGGUACCUACGCUGUCAAGAUCUCAAGCCUCUACUUCUCCAUCUUUUCACAACUUCGAAAAAAAUCCAGUCGAUCCAAACAAGAGAAUAAGCAUUACCUGCAGGCCCUGCAUCGAUCGAUUAGCGUAGUUAAAGAUUGUACCGAAGCCGAGAAGGAGAAAGCACAACUAUCGACAAAGCUUGAGAUGUUUGCUGAUUUGUGCAAAACCGUUGGUAGAACUGAUGAUGCCGUGGAGAUGCUGCGGUACAUCUGUUCUGGCAUGGUUGAGAACGGCACUUUGGCCGAUGUUGCCACUGCGCUCUCUACACAGUCUCCAAGCCUCGCCUGGACAAUGAACGAUAAAGUAUCUCUUAUGUCACGCACUCUGCGUUCCUUGUCUAAAGUUGAUAGUUCGUGGAAUGAAUGGACUUUCCCUCUCCCGGAGGCCGAGCGUGCUGCAGUUUUGGAGCAUUUGAUGAACGUUAGUCUUGCUGGCUCCUCAGCGUCACCACAGCCUCUUGGACUUUACGAUACGGCAGUGGCUGCGUUACUUCGCAUAUAUACUAUGGACAAGUAUCCACUGCGUCGGCUUCGCGUAUUGUUGCAUCUCUGCUAUCAGAAUCUUGGAGAGGAGGAGCAGCUUCCCAAAAUCCUUGCCCUGGCUGAGGAAACAUGGGAGCAUAUACAAACCCAAGGCAAGGGGGAGGAUUCCUCGUUGGGCCACUUCAUUCCCCAUCUACAGGCUUAUUGCACGUCCAUCUCUGCUUUGAUACGCGUAGAUGAAUCAAUGUCAACGCUGAUAAACGAGGCAAUUGAUUCCUGGAAAUCCAUGAUUGGCAAUUGUCAGACCCAAGACGAGCUAUUUGUCAUGAUAGAUGACCCUCAGGGCCUCCUUGAUCACCUGCGGUCGCUACACCAGCUCGCAGGUCUCAGGGGAGAGACUCGACUCCAGCUUGCAAUUUCAGAGCUUAAUAUCGCCUUGUCAAGAGUAUUUGUCGGAUCUACCGAAGCCAGCGGUGACGGACUGGUGCUCAGUCAUAGCCAGUUGGCAGCUCAAUAUGUAAAUAUUGGACUCUUCCCUCAGGCCCUAAAGACAAUAGAACGGACUCAAGAACUUCUCGGCCGCUAUGACGGCCUAUCACGCCAAGUUAUUGUCGACUUUUACCUCUCCCAGGCAGAGUACCACACAGGUAUUGGCGACAUGGACACUGCUAGUCCAUAUCCCUCUUGGGCUCAAAGCAAGUCUCAGGCUUCGAUGGUCAUAUCCGUCACCUCAUUGUUGCAAUCCAUUGCUACUCUCCAAGCUGGAGAUUUACAAGACGCACUCUCAUUUGUGAAAACGAGCGUCCGCAUGCUUACUCACGACUGGACCAAGCUGGAGGCAGCACUAGGGGCUGGCACAAAGAGCGCGGAUACCAGCCUGGCAGAUAUCAACACCAGCAGCACAGAUUUAACAUCUUCAAAGGGGAAAGUAGCUGGCCCUCGGUUCUGGACUCUGGCCAGUCCGCUCAUUCGAAGCCUCUUACAUAUCUCUUCAGUCUACGCUCAUAUUGGCAUGUUCCAGGAAACAAUGUAUUAUGCCGAGUCAGCUUGGAAGAUUGCAGAGAGCACUCAAUCCUCACUCUACAAAGCGCAAGUAGCUAUCUGGACUGGAUCGGUCUACCUCAAGGCCGGAAAGCUGCCCAAGGCACUUACUACGUUCCAAGAGGCAGAAGAACAGCUGCCGCGUGAUAUCUGUUCUGCUCGAGUUCGCUUUGCUCGUCAACUCGGAGAAUUUUAUUGGGAAAUCGGAGACGACGAGAAAGCUGCCGAGUUCCUGAAAAUCGCUGAGGAGGCUGCCCAUCUCCUCAGCACGGCUGAAGAUGAAGAUGAAAGUGACAUCGUUGAGGAGCCUGCCACCAGAGCAAGGACUACAAGAUCCGCCAGAUCAGCUGCCCCUAAAACCUCUAAGCGUACUACGGCUAAGUCCAAAACACCUCCUGAGGCAGAUACUGUACAACUGCCAAAGGACAUAUAUUAUGCAAGCCUUCACGCCGCCAUCAUCAUGGCACGCACUUUGGGGCUUAUUCACCAGAAGGAAUGGGCGUCGGCUCUACAAGCUCUAGAGCAACUGAAAGAUCUACCCAAGCUUAUUAGCGUGCUCUCUCAGGAGCAGGUCAUGACGGCGGUAUCGUUAAUAGGUCACAGCAUGGAGCAGAUGAUUUCUGAUCCUGUCUUCUCAGUUAUGCAAGACUCAACCAUAUCAUUCCCUGCCGUGUCCACCAUCGACCUACGUGCUACUGGAGUACCUCCAAAGAAUCCCGAGGAUUCCAACUCCGAUUCUCCUGCCUUUGCUGAUGCAUUGAAAAGGGCACAAGAGCUUUUGAUUGAGGCCCACGCCUCUGCCUUGUCAAGCGCUGACAGCAGCAUGGUUCGUCGCAUCUCUGCGCUGCUUCAAAGCACCGUCAUUUUCCUGUCGGCGACUUUAGCCUCGAAGUCGCUUUCAGAAUCGGGGGUAGGCACAGUUGCCGUUGACAUGGCUCGAAAUGUGACUUGGAGACGAGAGCAGCAGACGCUGGCCGGGCUAAAUAACGAUGCGGCUCCUGUCCGUAUUGCAACUCCAGUCCACAAGCCGCCAACGGCGGAAGCAAUGGCUGACAUCGCCAACUUCCAGAAGAAAUAUGUCGACUUGAUCCCGAAGAAGUGGAGCGUGAUUUCGAUUUCUUUGAGCGAUAACCGCCAUGAUCUUUGCAUCACCAAAUUCCAGGCGGACCAAGGCCCGUUUAUCUUGCGCCUACCUUUGGAGAGGGCCAACUCUCGAGAUGCCGAUUCCGAGGUCUUCAACUUCGAACAAGGCCGCGAGGAGCUAUUGGAACUCAUCAAAUUGGCCAACGAAAGCAGUCACUCUGCGCGAGACUUUACUGCUAAAGGAGAGCGUGGUGCCUGGUGGGCAGAGCGACAGGCUCUGGAUUCUCGACUGAAGCGACUCUUAGUCACCAUCGAGACCACAUGGCUAGGAGGAUUCAAGGGCAUAUUUUCACAACAUCGUAAGCAGGCGGACUUGUUGGCUCGCUUCCAAAGGGAUUUCCAUCAAAUGCUGGAUAGGACUCUGCCAUCUCGAAACAAACCCCGCGGGAAGAGGAUGGCAACCAAGGCAGAGACUAUUACUUUGGAUCCCAGGAUCCUCGACCUGUUUAUUGGGUUGGGCGAUCCGACUGAGCCUGACGUCGAGUUUGAUGAGGCGCUGAAUGAUUUGCUCUACUUUGUCGUGGAUAUCCUGCAAUUCCAUGGCGAGCGAAAUGCGUACGAUGAGAUUGAUUUCGACGGGAUGGUUCUGGAGACGUACGAUGCUCUGCGUGGAUAUCACAACGCAGCCAUCUCUACGGAAAGGGAGGAGGAGACACAUACUGUGCUCGUUCUAGACAAGCUCCUCCAUGCUUUCCCUUGGGAGUCGUUGCCCUGCAUGGAUGGCCUUUCUGUGUCGCGCGUACCCUCAUUGGCAUGCCUUCGUCAGCUCAUUCGAGAUGCUAAUAGAGGACCGACAAGCAAGUCGCAAGGCCACUUUGUCUCAGCAAAGGCUGGAACGUAUAUUCUCAACCCUUCAUCCGAUUUGACCAAUACGCAAACGUACUUCCAACCGGCCUUUUCGGGUCUUUCGUCGUGGACCGGAAUCAUCAACAAGGCACCAAGAGAGUCAGAAUUCGAAAAGGCUCUCGCUACGUCUGAGAUUAUGGUGUACUUUGGCCACGGCAGCGGCGCCCAGUAUAUUCGCGGCAAGACGAUCCGCCGCUUGGACAAGUGCAGGCCAGCGACGUUCCUCAUGGGCUGUAGCUCCGCCGCCCUGACGGAUGCGGGCGAAUUCGAAUGCUACGGCCCCGUGUGGAAUUACAUGAUGGCUGGGUGUCCGGCCGUUGUGGGCACGCUUUGGGACGUGACUGACCGCGACAUUGACCGGUUUGCGGGCAAGACUUUUGAGGAAUGGGGGCUCUUUGCCAGGGGCACGUUUGAUGGGGCGACGGGCAAGGGCAAGGGCAAAGGCAAGGCUAGGAGCUUUGCUGAGGAGGUGGAGGAAUUGAGUCGCAACGGGGACGAUGAUGCUCUCGGCAACGCAUCACUUGCCGAGGCGGUGGCGAGAGCGAGAAACGCGUGCCGCUUCAAGUAUCUUAACGGCGCUGCGGUCGUUUUAUAUGGAAUUCCGGUCUACAUUAAGAAGGAUUGA